CGAGGCGCCAUAUUUCCUUUCGCCAAACUGUAAAGGAUAGUCUCUGUUCGUUUCGAACGCGAAAAUACUCUCAAAUUUUCCUUUUCGAAGCCGUUAAACUUCACCAAACUCAACAUGCAGAUCUUUGUGAAGACUCUGACCGGAAAAACCAUCACUUUAGAGGUCGAACCGAGCGAUACGAUCGAAAAUGUGAAGGCGAAAAUUCAGGACAAAGAAGGCAUUCCGCCCGACCAACAAAGACUUAUCUUCGCCGGCAAGCAACUCGAAGACGGACGCACACUGAGUGACUACAACAUCCAAAAGGAGUCCACACUUCAUCUGGUUCUACGUCUGAGAGGAGGAAUGCAGAUUUUCGUCAAAACUCUCACUGGAAAGACCAUCACUUUGGAAGUUGAACCAAGUGACACAAUUGAGAAUGUGAAAGCCAAGAUCCAAGACAAAGAGGGUAUCCCACCAGACCAGCAAAGGUUGAUCUUUGCCGGCAAGCAACUUGAAGACGGACGCACACUGAGCGACUACAACAUCCAGAAGGAGUCCACACUUCAUCUGGUUCUACGCCUUCGUGGAGGAAUGCAGAUUUUCGUCAAGACUCUCACUGGAAAGACCAUCACUUUGGAAGUUGAACCAAGUGACACAAUUGAGAAUGUGAAAGCCAAGAUCCAAGACAAAGAAGGCAUUCCGCCCGACCAACAAAGACUUAUCUUCGCCGGCAAGCAACUUGAAGACGGUCGCACACUGAGCGACUACAACAUUCAGAAGGAGUCCACACUUCAUCUGGUUCUACGCCUUCGUGGAGGAAUGCAGAUUUUCGUCAAGACUCUCACUGGAAAGACCAUCACUUUGGAAGUUGAACCAAGUGACACAAUUGAGAAUGUGAAAGCCAAGAUCCAAGACAAAGAGGGUAUCCCACCAGACCAGCAAAGGUUGAUCUUUGCCGGCAAGCAACUUGAAGACGGACGCACACUGAGCGACUACAACAUCCAGAAGGAGUCCACACUUCAUCUGGUUCUACGCCUUCGUGGAGGAAUGCAGAUUUUCGUCAAGACUCUCACUGGAAAGACCAUCACUUUGGAAGUUGAACCAAGUGACACAAUUGAGAAUGUGAAAGCCAAGAUCCAAGACAAAGAAGGCAUUCCGCCCGACCAACAAAGACUUAUCUUCGCCGGCAAGCAACUUGAAGACGGUCGCACACUGAGCGACUACAACAUUCAGAAGGAGUCCACACUUCAUCUGGUUCUACGCCUUCGUGGAGGAAUGCAGAUUUUCGUCAAGACUCUCACUGGAAAGACCAUCACUUUGGAAGUUGAACCAAGUGACACAAUUGAGAAUGUGAAAGCCAAGAUCCAAGACAAAGAAGGCAUUCCGCCCGACCAACAAAGACUUAUCUUCGCCGGCAAGCAACUUGAAGACGGACGCACACUGAGCGACUACAACAUCCAGAAGGAGUCCACACUUCAUCUGGUUCUACGCCUUCGUGGAGGAAACUGAACUGAGUGUUAACCGUAUUUUGAAAUAAUUUUGUUACGUUCUAUUUUGUUUGUUGCUUUAAAUCACAGCCGUAAGAUAAUUGCAUUUAUUGUAUGGAAAACGGAUAGACUAAUAAAGAAAUGGAUAUCUAGA